AUGAUCACACUACAGGAGUGGACACCUUGCUUUGUCUGCAGUACCGCCUCUGAUGAUCUGGUUAUCAUGGACAGCGCCGAUGAAACACAAUCCAAAGUUGUGCGUUACUCUGGCUCCACAGAGACACAAACCAUUCAGUUUGAUGAUCAGGGUCGUCCUCUUUAUUCAUCUGAUUAUAACUAUAAAUACAUCUUUGAGAACAGGAACCUGGAUAUUUGUGUGGCUGACAAUGCAGCUAGAGCAGUAGUUGUGGUCAACCAGUCAGGAAAUUUCCGAUUUAGAUACACUGGUCAUCCCUCUAAUACCAAGGAAUCAUUUUAUCCAAUUGGCAUCACUACAGACAGCCAAAGUCAUAUCAUGACAGCAGACUUUAACAAUGGCUGUAUCCACAUCCUAGAUCAGGAUGGACAGUUCCUCCGUUACAUUCAGAACAGUGAUUUAUACGGUCCAUUCGGUUUAUGUGUGGACAUCAGAGACAACCUUUUUGUGGCUGAGUUAUAUACUGAAAAAGUGAAGAAAAUCCAAUAUCUAUCAACACAUUGUUAG